CUUUCCCUUCUUCAUCAUUUGAUUGUUGACAAAAUCGAGCAGAGACAAAACUACAAAGUAACAGCCCACCUCCAAAAGCUCUCUUCUUUUUCCGUCUCCUUUUUGCUUUCUUUCUACUGCUAAACCAUUUAAAGAAAACAGCACGCGCAAAAAACUGUAAUUUUUGCCAUCACCCCUUUUCUUGCAUUUGUCUCGAUUCAAUUUCCCAUUAUGAACCACAGUCCAUCUGCAUUCCCUCGAAAGCUGGCACCUUCAGCUUCAAGAAGCGUUUUUUUUUAGCUGAUUGAAUUCGCCCCCACUUCAAAUUUCUGAGUUGUUUUAUUUUGUUAGCUUAGUUUUCGAAUUUGUUGUCUUCUUUUUAGUAGAUUAAUAGGACAAAAAGGAAAAACGUUUGGAAAUUUGAAGGAAAAUGCAGACGGGGAGUUCAGGGGAACUGCGAUCAGCGUCUGGAUCAACGGAUACGAGAGGAAAACACAGGAUUUCUGCUGAAUUGAAGAGACUCGAGCAAGAAACUCGAUUCUUGGAGGAAGAACUGGAAGAGCUCGAGAAAAUGGAUAAAGCAUCUGCAGCCUGUAAGGAGGUGCUGACUAAUGUUGAAAAGAGACCAGAUCCAUUAGUCCCGGUAUUUGUUUAUUAUUAUGUAUGUCUUUUCAUUUUUUUUACAGAACCAUUGGUCCACCAAAUCCAUUAUGGGAUAGAUGGUUUGAAAGACCGCAAGAUUCUUCUGGAUGUCGAUGUUGGAUACUAUGAUGUUUCACAGAUAAUAUACCCUUUGGACAUGACUUGUUUUGUGGGAAGCAUGCGAAAAAAAAAGCCUUCAUCCAAUAUGCAGAAAAUCUCAAUUCUGGAUAAUUGCUACUUUUAUAGGGGAUUUUGGAUAUUGAGAUGGAAUUCAGAAGAAAGAAAUGUUGAUUUAGUGCCAAAAACUUAUGAGAUUUUUGUGGACUUCAAUUUAAGUGGCUGGGAAGUUGGUGUUAGCCUCUCCAUGGCGCAAUCCCUCAACCGCUUGCUUUCCAUCCCUCACUCCACCAAACCCUCUCUCACCUCCCUCAAUACCGCUCCCCGUCUCGCCCCUUCGAAGAACCCCAGCAGGACCGCCCUCUGCAUCAGGGCCUCCGCCGUCUCGGACCCCAAUCCGGAGGUGCUAACAUCCUCAAACGGCGCCGGCGGUGAUUUUUCAGCGUAUCCUUUCCGAGCGGCCUCCGAUUCCGGCUCGAUCGACGUGGACGCGGUGACCGAGGCAGAGCUGAAGGAGAACGGGUUCCGGAGCACGCGGCGUACGAAGCUGAUCUGCACGAUAGGCCCGGCCACUUGCGGGGCGGAGCAGCUGGAGGCGCUGGCGGUGGGCGGGAUGAACGUGGCGAGGAUUAACAUGUGCCACGGCACGAGGGAGUGGCACCGGGAGGUGAUUGGGCGGGUAAGGAGGCUGAACGAGGAGAAAGGGUAUGCGGUGGCCGUCAUGAUGGAUACUGAGGGGAGCGAGAUUCACAUGGGGGAUCUCGGUGGUGCUCCGUCGGCUAAAGCUGAGGAUGGUGAAAUUUGGACGUUCAGUGUAAGAGCUUUUGAUUCGGCUCUUCCAGAGCACACUAUUAAUGUGAGCUAUGGUGGCUUUGCUGAAGAUGUAGAAGUAGGAGACGAGCUUCUGGUAGACGGUGGAAUGGUGAGGUUUGAAGUGAUUGAGAAAAUUGGUCCAGAUGUAAAGUGUCUCUGUACUGAUCCUGGACUUCUACUACCCCGGGCUAAUCUUACCUUCUGGCGUGAUGGGAGUCUAGUACGUGAACGUAAUGCUAUGCUACCAACGAUAUCUUCUAAGGAUUGGUUGGACAUUGAUUUUGGGAUUGCUGAAGGCGUUGAUUUUAUCGCCAUAUCAUUUGUCAAGUCCGCCGAAGUCAUAAAACAUCUUAAGAGCUAUAUCAAAGCACGCGCUCGUGAUAGUGACAUCUCCGUAAUUGCGAAAAUCGAAAGUAUCGACUCGCUCACAAACUUGGAGGAAAUCAUCCGAGCAUCAGAUGGUGCCAUGGUGGCAAGAGGAGACCUUGGCGCCCAAAUCCCCUUAGAACAAGUCCCUUCUGAACAGCAGAAAAUAGUCCGGGCCUGCAGGAAGUUGAACAAGCCCGUGAUUGUUGCAAGUCAGCUGCUCGAGUCCAUGAUAGAGUACCCCACCCCUACAAGGGCUGAGGUGGCGGAUAUCUCUGAGGCAGUCCGCCAGCUGUCUGAUGCUCUGAUGCUGUCUGGUGAGUCGGCCAUGGGUCAGUACCCAGAGAAAGCUCUGACUGUUUUGAGAAGUGUGAGCCUGAGGAUUGAGAAAUGGUGGAGAGAGGAGAAAAGGCAUGAGGCAAUGGAGCUGCCCGGCAUAGCAUCUUCCUUUGCAGACAGUAUUUCGGAAGAGAUAUGUAAUUCUGCUGCUAAAAUGGCCAACAACUUGGGGGUGGAUGCUAUAUUCGUUUACACAAAGAGUGGUGACAUGGCGUCCCUCCUGUCACGCUGCCGUCCAGACUGUCCAAUAUUUGCAUUUACGACGACCACAUCAGUACGCAGGCGCCUCAAUUUGCAGUGGGGCCUCAUACCUUUCCGUUUGACCUUCUCUGAUGACAUGGAAACCAAUCUCAACAAGACUUUCUCCUUGCUCAAGGCCCGUGGGAUGAUCAAAUCUGGUGACCUGGUUAUUUCUGUCUCUGACAUGUUGCAGUCCAUUCAAGUUAUGAACGUCCCGUGAGAUUUUGCUUCUCAACUUUUUUUUUUUCCCUUUAUUUGUAGCAAAUGUCGAGUGACGCAAGUUUAGGCCCUGAGUUUUUUUUUUAAAUUUUCAGUUUUCCGAAACGAUGAUAUGUUUUGUGCUGAUUUGUUCAAUUAGGAGCUUCGUUUUGUUCAAGAUGACAGUAUCAUUUGAUCAAGUAGUAUAAAUAUUUUCCGUCGUUUUCUUCUUUUUUCGCCUUCCUUUCGUUGUUGUACGUGUUUCUUUGCAAUGAUAACGUCGUACUAAUAAUUUUCUUUG